AUGGCUGAAUAUAGAAAUAGUUUUAUGGUAUCGGUUGAUCUCAAUGGAAAUCGUAAUAAGAGAUCAAUUAUGGAUCCUGUAAUGGCGGAAGGAUAUGAAUUGCGCAUGUCAAAUAAUGGUAUCGAAUUUGGUGACGCAGUCAACUUAAUCAUAUAUGAUGAAGACUGUUAUGACUGUAAUGCAUCCUCAAUUUCCUGUGUGGUAAUUGAUUCAUGCCCUGAUUUUACAACAACCAAUAUUGAUACUACAACAACAGAUAACUCAUCAACUUCUCUAACAAAAACUCUAUCCUUGACAGUAAAAGCAGUGGAGUCGACAACCAGUCAGAAAACACAAACUACAAAACAGUUCAGUACCUUCGAUUCAAUAACAAAAACUUAUAAACCUAAUCAAGGUUCAACACAAUUUGGAAUAAUUACUACAGACAAAACGGUAUUUGAGAUAUCUACAUAUAAGAAAACAACAACUGUCACUGCAUCAACCCUAAGCGAUACGGCAUUACCUGUUGAAAAUUCGUCCAUAAAACAACUGACAUCAGUCAAAAGCACCACAAAUGAACCAACGUCAGUAACAGAACAAUUAAAAACAUUACAAAAAACAUCAACAAAUCAAGAACUUUCAACAACUGAUACAACACUCAAAGACGCAACAUCAGCUCAAACAUUUACAAGAAAAGAAUCAACAACAAAAACGACAGGUAGAUCAGCUGUAAUAGAAACAACAAGAGUCAUGGAAUCAACAACAAAAGAUGAAACACCUACAUACAAGGAAUCAACAACACCAGAUGAAAUAACAACAUACAAGGAAACGACAACAUCAUAUGUUACACCAACAUACAAGGAGUUAACACCAUUAGAUGAAACAACAAAAUAUAGAGAACAGACAACAUACAAGGACACGACAAGAUCAGACAAAACAACAACUUACAUGAUACCAACGGAAAAAGAUGGGAAAGCAUCAUACAAAGAACCAACAACAGAUGAAACAACAACACUAGUUGAAUCAACGACAACAGAUAAAACAUCAACAUAUAAGGAAGUAGUAACAUCAGAUCAAUCAACAACAACAGAUAAAACAACAAAAUACAAGAAACCAACAAUAACAGACGAAACAACAACUAAAAAGGAACCAACAACAAAAGCUGAACCAACUUUUAAAGAGUCAACAACAACAUAUGAACCAACUAUACCAGAUGAAACAACAACAAAAGAUCCAACAACAACAGACGAAACAACAACAUACAAGGAAUCAACAAUACCAGAUGAAACAACAACAAAAAAUGAACCAACAACAUACAAGGAACCAAUAACAACAGAUGAAACAACAACAGACAAGACAACAACACACAAAGGAUCAACAAUACCAGAUGAAACAACAACAAAAGAUGAACUAACAACAUACAAGGAACUAACAACAGAUUAUUCAACAACAGACAAAACAACAACAGGCAAGCAAACAACAACAGAUGAAACAACAACAGACAAAACAACAACAGACAAAACAACAACAUACAAAACAACAACAUACAAGGGAUCUACAAUACCAGAUAAAACAACAACAAUAGAUGAACCAACAAUAUACAUGGAACCAACAACAACAGAUGAAACAACAACAGAAGAUGAACCAACAACAUACAAGGAACCAACAACAACAGAUGAAACAACAACAGACAAAACAACAACAUACAAAAGAUCAACAAUACCAGAUGAAACAACAACAAAAGAUGAACCAACAACAUACAAGGAGUCAACAACAUACAAGGAACCAACAACAGAUUAUUCAACAACAGACAAGCAAACAACAACAGAUGAAACAACAACAGACAAAACAACAGCAGACAAAACAACAACAGACAAAACAACAACAGACAAAACAACAACAUACAAGGGAUCUACAAUACCAGAUAAAACAACAAUAAUAGAUGAACCAACAAUAUACAAGGAACCAACAACAACAGAUGAAACAACAACAGAAGAUGAACCAACAAAAUACAAGGAACCAACAACCACAGAUGAAACAACAACAUAUAAGGAGUCAACAGUAGAUGAAACAACAACAGGCAAAACAACAGUAACAAAUGAACCAACUAUACCAGUUGAAACAACAAAGUAUAAGGUACCAACAACAACAGAUGAAACAACAACAUAUAAGGAGUCAACAAUAGGCAAAACAACAACAACAACAAAUGAACCAAAUAUACCAGAUGAACGAACAACAUAUAAGGAGUCAACAACAGAAACAACAACGUUGAAGCAAUCAACAACUACUGACAUGACUGAUGUCGAUACAACGACUGUAAUAAAGUCUACACCAAAACCUACGUCCUCAAAACUGACAACGACUGAUGGAACAACAGUCACUACAGUAACAAAGACAACGGAGGCUGUCAUAACAGAUGCCGAUGAAGUGAUUUCUUACAUUGGACCCAUAUUUAUUGGAGGUUCAGUUCUUUUGUUUAUUGUGAUAGUGUGUGCCAUACUAUUGAUAAGGUUUUUUCUUAAAAGGGCUCGUCAAAGGAAGCAGGAGAACAUUGAUAACACCAGUGUAUUCGACUCCUGGGAUAUUUAUACACGCAAAACAAAUGAUGGAACUAAAGAUGGAGACAAAUUGGCAACACCCGAUUUCGUACAUGCUUCACGAAUCAAUACAAGGCCCUCUGUAUCAAGUAUUUCUUCCAAUACUUAUAGUCAGCGUAAUUUCUUUGAAGACUACUGUCAACAAUAACAUUACAAUGACUUGUGUAUCCAAUGAAAUAUUCCCAGAUGUAUAAUAUGUAUAUUAAUAUAUCUUCCUUUGGUAUCUUUUGUCCCUCUUUUACUGAAGUUUAAGACUGAGUUUGUUUUGAACAAUACGCACAGUAUAAUCGUUUUUUGAUAUAUAUACUCACAAAUGAAAUUAAAAAAAAAUGUUUUUACUAUCUCUAUCAGUUAUUCGCAUUUGUUGUCGCCAGUCAUCAAAUUCAUCACAAGCUAACUUUUGAACCUCAAAAACAAUCUGACACCAUCUACUAACUGAGUAGGUGCCAAACACGUUCUAGAUAUAUACAUGUAUUUCUGCGAACAACCAGGCAAAACCUCCGUUCUUAAAUUAGAACAGAGAAGUAAAACAGAGAAAAUGGUAUGACUUUCUUUGUUAAUAUUUAUAAUUUAUUACGGACGAUUAUGUUAAAAAGCAACAUACCGCAUUAAAAUUUUAUUCCUGUUACCCUCUUGAAUCCUUAAUAGGGACUUUUGAUGAAUAAAAUCUUGGAAUUCUAUACUUUCGCAGUCCUGUUUUAAAAUAAUUGUUUGUUUAACUAAGAGUUAUCCCAAAUUUGAUUUAUGAGUGGAAAGGCUAAACACGAAAAAAGAAUUUAUACUUUAUUUUGGAUAAAAAAAGAAUGUUGUAAUUUGGACUACUACGUUCAAAUUUAAUAUUGCACUGUGUCUGCGUUUUCUUUUAUUACAAUAUAAUUAUGACUACAAAUUAUUGUUCAGUAGACCAAAUUUCGAUCACAUAUGUACCUGGCAAGAGUGACAUUCAUUGAAAUAAUUGUGCAAAUUCAUGUUUUUGUUAGAAUUCAUUUUGCACUCAGUAGACCAUGUAGACGCCGUACACGACUCUCUAGAAAUGUGUACGAAAGAACAAUUAUUUGCUAUUUUUCUUAUAACCACCAUGCAGAUACAUGUAAUUACAAUGUAGAAAAUAUUUGACAUAUGAUCGUGUAAUGAAUACUGUAGUUACAUGUACGUUUCCCAUGUGAUAUUUUAUUUUCUCCUUGUUACACGCAUAACCUUUUUUAAACGUUUGUGUGAAGCAUGCUGUGUUAAUAUUUAUUUUAUUGUUGGAGAUAACUUCAUAAAAAUAACGUGUUUCUUAUCAUUUUGAUCGGGUCCUAUAAAUUAAUUUCAUUGU